AAAGACUGGACAAACACAUUUCUGACUUCAGACGUCUCGAAAAUAUGUGUGAGACAUUUUAAAAUGUCUGUUUUCAUGUAUAUAAUAAUCGGUCAAACGAUUACAGAAGGAGGAAUGUGACUGUCAUAACAACAUGGCACGCCCCUCUGUGUGACGUCAUUCCAACAUGGCGGCCUACUUGAGCCGGUUGCACCAUAUUUCACUGAACGUCUCGAACGUGAAUAAAGUUGCACACGAGCUCGUGUCCCGGUUCCAGUUUAACGUGUUCGCGGCCAGACUGACAGACCGAGCGAAGCAGCUGGCGCUCCGCAGAGGAUCGGCCGUGUUCGUGGUCAACGAGAGGCCGAACGAGGCGCCGCGGAGGUUGAAUGGACAUCAGUCACGUGGCUGGAGUUCCGUCACUGAACGGCAUCGGGAUUCGAACUGUCUGUACGGAGCCCACGCGCACUAUCCGGUGGACACCGUGAGUAACGUGUGCUUCGAGGUGGAGGACGUGCAGAGCGCCGCCGCUGCGCUGCGGGAUCGCGGUUUGUGUGAGUUUCUCCAGCCGCCCACCGAGGUUUGCGAUGACAGCGGUCGGGUGACCUUCUCCAUCAUCCGCUCUCCGGUGGGUAACGUGUGCCACACGCUCAUAGACCGCUCUCAGUACCAGGGGCUCUUCCUGCCGGGCUUCCAUCGGGUGGGCUCGGACUCCCAGACCGCGGCUCGCUCGCAGUGUCCCAUCACUCACUUCGACCACAUCACCUACGCCUGUCCCCGCAGCAGCACCGCACACGUCACCCGCUGGUACCGCGACACCUUCGGCUUCCGGAGGUUCUUCAUUGACAGGAAUGAGGAUGUGGAUGAGGGAUACGUGCUGAACCAUGACGGGAUCGGGCUGCGACUGACAGCUAUGGAAUACUGGAAAUGCAGCGAGUCAGGAAUCACACUGCCGUUCAAAGAUGAAAAAGAGCCGGACUGCAAGUUUGUGAUCGCAGAGUCCCUUCCUGAGCAGGGCAGGAACCAGGUGGACACGUUUCUGGAUCAGCACAGAGGCGCAGGAAUCCAGCACAUUGGGCUCUACACAGAGGACAUCGUGAGAACGGCUCAAACUCUGAGUCAGGCUGGAGUCCAGUUCUUCUCUCCUCCUCCUGCGUACUACACUGAGGUGGGGAAGCAGGAGGAAAUCGUGGCGGCGGGUCACGACCCUCACACGCUGAGUCAGUACGGGAUUCUGCUGGACACUGACAUCCACACGGACACAGACAGACGCAUCACAGACGGCCAGCGGUACCUGCUCCAGGUGUUCACCAAGCCCAUUUUCGGAGAGGACACCUUCUUCCUGGAGCUCAUCGAGCGCAGAGGCGCCACGGGCUUCGGCGAGGGGAACAUCCGUGCGCUCUGGAGAUCCGUGCAGGCCUACAUGGAGAACGAAGAGCAUCACGAGACGGAGCGCGUAAACAAACAGAGCACACAGAGCUGACGUCAGUGACAACAUCAGAGACUAUUAUAUACACACACAUGAGAACGACUCGACUCGAGCUUUAGAUUUAGUGACUGCGGUGCGAUUGGGAACUUUUGUGGUCUGUCCUUGGUGCAGGACUUUUAAGAUGUUUGACUGUAACCGUCUUCAGGGCACUUCUAAUAUAAUGUUAUCAGUUUACGUUUGAAAUGUACAUGAUGUAUUUAUUCAGUAACCUGAUAAAUUAUCUGACUGUGAUGUCUAAACUUGUACUGUAAUAGAAUGCACUGUAUUUCCACUUGUGUGACAGAGUUCAGUGAGAUAUAAGCUGUACUGUUGAUCUGUUUCUGUCAGAUAAAUCAAAUAAUAUUAUGAUGUGUCUGUUCUUUUGAUCUCCUCACAUGCCAUUUGUGACCAUUUUGAUUUCCAUUAAGGCCAGUUUGAGGUGUUUGAAACCAACAUACGAAACCACUGCU